AUGACACAGCAGUCUAUUUGCGAUAUCAACGCCUUGCCUUCUCCGUUUGCUGGACGAAAUGCUGAGCCUGCGGGCCGCAAGAAGAGGCGUGAAUUCUCAGAGGACUCAAGAUACGAUCUUGCUUGUAUUCCAGACCCAUUUGUUAACGAAGAUGUAUCAAGUCACUACGCGUUCGACUAUCAGCCCCAUGCCAGCGAGGCCGCUAUUAAAGUAGAUUAUCGCGCGCCUUCACCAAAUCCUAGCCAUCACAGUCCUCAUCACAGGCAUCAUUAUGUGUUGACACAUUCUGAUUAUGACUACUCGGGAUAUGCGCAGCCGUACAUGCAGCCGGCUUAUUACUAUCCACCAUAUUACAUGGCUCCAUUUACGCAGCCACCACAGGCAAAUCCGUUUGGUUACCACUAUCCACCUCCUCAGUAUCCUCCUAUCUGGUACGGUUAUCCACCUGCUCCGAUGCAACACAUGGGACCUCCACCCAAUAUGUACCGCCGUCAUAUUUCGCCAAUGGUAAUGUUCCUAAUUUUUUGGCUCGAUAUGUAUAUGCAUGCUAUAUGCAUGCUCACAUGA